AACCACCGCUCUCCUCUCUGCUGCUGCACCGCACACCCGCACCCGCACCGCACGGCUGCCGACGCCCUGCAACCCAAAUCGAUAUACCCUCUGCUGGUCCUGCCCACCUUGGGCCCUCGCUUUUCUCCCUCUUCUUCUCCCCGACUCAGUAAUCCCAUAUGAGCUUUUCCAAUUCCCGCCUGAAAGGCUUUGGUUUCGGCAAACGCAAGUCAACUGCUAGUAUCCAGACACCCGAUCCGAACCAAACCCCAAGCCCGACCCCUCCUCCUCAAGGUGGUCACCCCUCCGGUGCCCCUCAAAUACCGCAACAGAUUCCCGUCCGCCCAGGCUCCAUCGCUUCGACUUCUUCCGCUUCAAUCGCUCCCAUGAAUCAACACCCAGGCGCCGGUAACCGGCCUCCGAGCUACUCGGCCAACUUUCCCCAGGGCGGUCCUCCUCCCAUGGGUCGCACCAGCCCGAUGACGGGUCAAGGUCCGGCUCGCACCCCGCCUUCUCAGAUGGUUGGCGGUCCUCCCCCCAUCAACACUGGUGCUCCCGUCGCCGGCUACCCCCCUCAGCUCCCUCCCAUCGGCGGUCAAGGACACCCCAUGGGUGGUCCUCCUCAGUACGGCGGCGGUGGCGGCGGUGGCUAUCCUCCCCCGGGUCCUCCUCAGGGUGGCCCUAUGGCACAGUACCAGCGAGGCGGCAGCGCGGCCGAGGUUGAAGGUAACAGCAGGAGUAAGGCUCAGCUGAUUGUCGGUAUCGAUUUCGGCACAACCUUCUCCGGUGUGGCGUUUGCUUUUGCGACAAACAACGAAGCCAAGGAAGACAUUAUAACAGAGUGGCCCGGCGCUGGUUCAUACACAAAGCAGAAGAUUCCCACAGUGCUCUACUACGACCAGUACCAAAAGGUUGUUGGCUGGGGUCCCGACAUCGCCGAUGCCCUCGCCCCUACUGGAUACCCGAAGCCCGGCGUGCAAAAGGUCGAAUGGUUCAAGCUGCAGCUCAUGUUGUCCGGCAACACAUAUAUCGACCCCAUCAACCUGCCCCCUCUGCCUCCUGGAAAGUCUGAGAUCGAUGUUGCGGCCGAUUAUCUUUUCAAGCUCCGCCAGGCUAUGCGCUCGGCUCUGCAAAAGACGCUCGGCGAAGUCUUCAACCGUGAAGAACGAAACAUCCGUUACUACCUCACCGUUCCUGCCAUUUGGAACGAUGCAGGAAAGGCCGCCACCAGAGCCGCCGCUAUUCAAGCCGGUUUCCUGAGAGACGAAAACGACAACCGGCUGACGCUAGUUUCCGAGCCUGAGGCCGCCGCCAUUUUCUGUUCCAAGACAGGACUGCUGAACCUCAAGGUCCACGACGCCGUCCUGAUUGUCGAUUGCGGUGGUGGUACUGUCGAUUUGAUUGCGUACGAAGUCGAGGAGGAGAACCCCUUCACCGUUGCCGAGUGCACGGCAGGAUCUGGUGAUUCUUGUGGUUCAACAGCGCUGAACCGCAACUUUAGCAACAUCCUGCGCACCAAGAUUCGCAAGAUGAAGCUGCCCGACGGAUCCAAGACGGCGGGCCGCGUGUACGCCAAGUGUAUCAUGGACUUUGAGAACCGUAUCAAGGCCGAUUUCCGCAACAACGGUCAGAAGUGGGCCGUCGAUGUUGGUAUUGAGGCCGAGUUCCCCGAGGCCGGCAUCGAGGAGGGCUACAUGACGUUCACCAACGAGGAGAUUCUGCAGUGCUUCGAGCCCGUUGUUAACCGCAUUCUCGAGCUCGUCAGAAACCAGAUCAUUGCCAUCCAGGCCCAGAACCGGACAUUGCAAAACAUUCUCGUCGUUGGUGGUUUCGGUGCCUCCGAGUACCUCUUCCAGCAGAUCAAGCUCCACGUUCCUCCCCAGUUCCAGUCCAAGGUCGUCCGCCCCAUGGACUCCGUGGCUGCCAUCGUGAAAGGUGCCGUUACUGCCGGCAUCACCGAGCGCGUCGUCACACACCGUGUUGCCCGUCGCCACUACCUCAUGGCCACCUUGCAACCCUUUAAGGAAGGAUACCAUCCUGAGGCCUACCGCGUCCCAUCCCUCGACGGCAAGGACCGCUGCAAGUUCACCCGUCAAAUCUUUGUGCAAAAGGGUCAAAAGGUCAAGAUUGGCGAGCCCGUCAAGGUCUCAUUCUUCCGUCAAGUCGCUCCCGGCGCGACGCUCAUGUAUGAGGACAUUUUGUACGCCUGUGACGACGAUGUUUGCCCCGAGUAUACUAAGGAUCCUCGCAUCAAGGAAGUUGUCACCCUGACGUCGGAUUUGUCGCGGAAGAACCUCGAGAAGGACUUUGAGAGAAUGGACACACCACAGGGCACAUUCUACCGUGUCUACUUCGAUAUCUACUUGACGCUUGACGGGUCCGAGUUCAGCGCAGAGUUGGUGUGCCAAGGCGAGGUCAUGGGCCGCUGCAGAGCGCGCUUCAGGUAAAGAAGGCGGUGGACGAAAGAGAGAGAUUGAUAAUGUUUGCUUGCUUGCAUUGGGCAUUUCGUUUCCAUACACUCGGAUGAUACCUCGAAAAGGUGAUAAGGGG